AUCGUAUUUGGUCGUGUUUCUAUUUCAUUUGAUUGACUACUUGACCCUAGUGCGGUAUCCCCUCCUUUGCACACUCAUCUUACUUUGCUGUUCUCUAUAUUCAUUCUUCUCCCUUGUAUAUCCUAGCCAAACAUCUAAAGGCAGAAUGGCGACCAGGGCCCAAUUCUUACGAGAGUACAAGCUUGUCGUUGUCGGUGUCGGAAAGUCGGCAUUGACCAUUCAGUUCAUUCAAAGUCAUUUCGUGGACGAAUAUGACCCUACUAUCGAAGAUUCUUACCGCAAGCAAUGUGUGAUUGAUGAUGAAGUUGCACUACUCGACGUGCUUGAUACAGCCGGUCAAGAGGAAUAUGGUGCCAUGAGGGAACAGUACAUGCGUACGGGCGAAGGGUUUCUCCUGGUGUACUCCAUCACGUCUCGAAAUUCGUUCGAAGAAAUAAGCACCUUCCAUCAACAAAUUCUCCGGGUGAAGGAUCAAGACACAUUCCCUGUCAUCGUUGUAGCCAACAAAUGCGACCUAGAAUACGAACGACAAGUCGGCAUGAACGAGGGCCGUGACCUUGCCAAGCAUUUUGGUUGCAAAUUCAUUGAAACAUCUGCGAAGCAACGGAUCAACGUAGAUGAGGCUUUCAGCAAUCUCGUCCGUGAAAUCAGGAAAUAUAACAAGGAACAACAAACUGGUCGACCUGGGAUGAUGCCGGGCCCUGGCGGAAGUACCCCUGGCCCAUACGGUACGAAGGAAAACGAAGAAGGAACACCAGGGUGCUGCUCGAGCUGCGUAGUCGUUUGAUUCUUUUCGGUCUCCCCUCUUGUUUUCUUGCAUCGCAUUCCCCAUCUGUCAUAUUCGACUUCUUUGCUGGUCUUUUUUUGGUUUUUGCAGCCUUCAUGCCUUCAUCCGGAUUCCACAAGUUUAUCCCUCUGU